AAUCUACAAUGGCUCAUAUUCACCAUCCUCAUAAUAGUCAGAAACAAAUCGAUAUUUCUAAUAUUCAACUCUCUGCAAAACAGCUUGCUGCUGCUGGUGGCUAUUUUGCUCCUCCUGGCUCUAGUCCUCCAAAGGCUGGUGCUUUUGCUUCUCGUAAAAUUGCUCCAGUACAGCCAAAUAAACCUAAGGAUAUCUUUAGCGAAAAGGCAAAGGAAAAAACCAGCUUUAGAAAACUGUAUGAUCGAGGUGACUUUCCCAUUUCAGUCAACCACGAUGCCAAGGGCAAUAAGAUCAAUUGGAAGGUGGAUAUAGAAAAACUGGACUAUCAUCAUUAUCUUCCACUUUUUUUUUCUGGUCUAUGCGAGACUGAAGAACCAUUUGCCUUUUUGGCUCGUCAGGGGAUUCAUGAUUUGCUUGACAAGGGCGGAAAUAAGAUUCUCCCCGUAGUUCCUCAACUUAUUAUUCCAAUCAAAAAGGCUCUCAAUACUCGUAACAUUCAUGUCAUUACCACUACCUUGAAGGUGCUACAGCAUCUUGUAGAGUCGGCAGAUAUGGUUGGCGAAGCACUGGUUCCUUACUACCGCCAGAUUCUCCCCAUAUUUAAUCUGUUUAAAAACAAAAAUGUCAAUCUUGGCGAUGGUAUCUACUACUCACAGCAAAAGCGAGAGAAUAUUGGUGAUUUGAUACAAGAGACGCUUGAAAAAUUUGAAUUGACUGGUGGUGAAGAUGCAUUCAUCAACAUCAAAUACAUGGUUCCCACCUACGAAAGUGUCUUGUCGCGAGUGUAAAAAUAUAUGACUGAGUUACUAGUCUGGAUAUUUCAACAGUAGCCAAAUUUUGAUGAACUCUAGACAAUAGAAUGGUAUGCUUUGGAGUUUAUUUCCCAUCAAUUAUUUUUUGAUUCGACCCGUCCUAUUAUACUUGGACUCUCUUUUAAACAUUGGCUAAUAAAGACUACUUAUUUGCCG